AUGCACGUGAAUAAUACAAACAAGAGGUUGAUUCUCAUCCUCUCUCUCUCUAAAAAUGUCCCGAUUGUUGCAAAAACCCUAAUUCCCCACGGGAGAUUCUUCCUCCCUCGCUUCAAGGAGCCGGCGGCGACAAGCCUCGCCUGUUACAGCCGCCGUCCCUAUUCCUCAAAGCCGCAUGGCAUCGAGAUCGACCUCGAUUCCUCCUCCUCAUCAGCGACUUGUAAGGCCGAAGCGGAAGCCGCGGUUCUCAAGAAGCUGAACGAGUUUGUUCGGAGGAUCGUCGUACAGAACUCGACUCCCGAUUGGCUCCCUUUCAACCCGGGCUCCUCCUUCUGGGUCCCGCCGCAUCAGAACACGGCGGUGAAGAUCGCGAAUUUGGUGGAUAAGGUGACGAAUCCGUUGAGGGAGGAGGAGUAUCGCUCUUUGUUGUCUCCUUGUGGUGGGCCUUGCUCCUCUUUCUUCAUUCCUCAAGAAGAUACAGAAGAGGUAGAAGGUAGCAUGGAGUUGAACAUUCCGGGGAAUGAGAUGCUGGAAGUCAAGCUAGCGCAUUUUCCUGAUCCGUUUUACUCAAUUAAACAUGGAGACGAUGAAGAGUGA